GCGUGUCUGCUCCUCACUGCUACAGUGUUAGCUCUGAGCCCCAUGGCACUCUGGUUGACUGUGGUCAUUGCCCUCACCUGCAUUGGUGGUCUUGCUUCCCCAGUCCCUGUGUAUAAUCGUCACAUCUGGGUCCUCCGGGAGCUCAUUGGGGAGUUGAUCAACAUCACCCAGAACCAGGCAUCCCUGUGCAAUGGCAGCAUGGUGUGGAACGUCAACUUGACAACCAACGUGUACUGUGCAGCAAUGGAAGCCCUAAGCAACGUCUCUGACUGCAGAGCCAUCGAAAAGACCAAGAGGAAUCUGAGCGGUGCGUGCGAACAAUACAAGGCCCCAGCCAGUCAGGUUUCCAGCUUGCAAGUCCGAGACACCAAAAUCGAACUGAUCACCUUCAUGAAGAACCUGCUUGAUCAUUUAAGGAGAAUUUACCGCUAUAGAUCUGUUAACUGAAGCAUGAAAAGCUCAUAGCAUGAUCUGCAGAGACAGACCCUGAAUGUUUAAGUUGCAGAUUCAUUUUUCUCUCAGGUGUCAAAAAUACUUUGGGGGAAGGGUUGGGGUGGGGUAGGAUUUCCUUAGUUUAGACUCCAGCCUGUGCUGCCUAGCUUUAGCUGCCCCUUCUUUGGUCCCCCAGCUCGGCCAGGAGGGCCUCCACCAUUCAGGAGCUUGGUGGAGGAGGGGGGAAGACAUUGCCCUCCACCCACCCCCCCUCUUUAGAGCAAACUGUAGCAUUAUAGUGGGUGCCACCCUUGCUAGUCAUAUGGUGGGACAGAGACCCACUUCAUAUGGGGGCGACUGAGGCAGAGUGCAGCUCAGGCAUGUUUCCUCUUGGUCUUAUUUAUUAUUUCGUGUUAUUUAAACAGUGUGUUUGUCCAUAUUGGGAUAGGGAGGGACUGGUGCUGUCAGACCUUGGAGCCGAGGGCCAGAGACUCGCAGCCCCAGCACUAAGCAGCUGGCGUUAGGCAUCCUGGUUGAUAAGUACUGUGUGCAAAAUUCUGCUACCUCACUGGGCCCUGGGCCCUGGGCCUCGCUGCUCCUGUCUGUGGUCAGUCAGCCUCCAGCCAAGGAGUAAUUUAUUGUUUUUCCUUGUAUUUAAAGUUAAGUAUUAAAAUAUGCUAUCAAAGAGUUAAUAUAUAUAGAAGAGCGGCCUAGGAGGUUGCUGGGAUGGGGUGUUGUGUACUGGGGGAGGGAUCAAUGAUUAAGUUGUUUCAUUGACCAUGCCAAAAGGGAAACUGGAAAUAAAGUUACAGAUGGUGGCAAAAGAGGCCCGAUUGUACUUGCCUUUUAUUUGGGUUUCGCGACUGUGAGAGGCAGGCCCGUUGGAGAAGAAGGUGCUAGAGAAGUGGGGAGGAAGGGAAGUGAGGGAUGAGACCUGGGCUGAAAGACAGUAAGCAAGCCCCUGGAGUGUGGGAACAUGGCCUGGGGGAAGCCCACCCUCAACCUUCAUGCCUCCCAUCUCCCACCCUCACCAGUGAAGUGGAGGAAGCAUGGCCAGAAUAUUGCGGUUCAACGAGGGCAUCUAGAGCAGGCAGAGACCUCAGAAGUCAUCUCGUGAUCACAUCUUUUGAUGAGUGGACAGCCUGUGUCUGGCACCUCCCACACACCAUCUGUGUCUCCCUCACAACCCAGGAGGGUCAUGAGGACUCUGGGCUCAGAGAGGGCAGGUGACUUGCCCAAGGUCACACAGCUCAUAAGGAACAAAGCCAGGAUUUGAACCCAAAUCACUCUGACUCCAAAGCCCACACAUUUAACCACCCUGCCUCUCUGUCCAAAUAACAUCUGGCCUGAAUGCACAAUUUCCCUUUAUA